CAGACAGAAGUGGAAUCACCUUCAGGACAGGAGAACCCUCGAGAGGCUGAGUGAGUGGGGCCAUGGUGCUCUCGCCCCAGCUGUAAGAGGAUCCCACAGUGCAUUGGAACCGAAGCCUCAAGUCAUCCCUGAGCGGGUCCGGAACCGGCCUCCCAGGGCAGGAGCUGGAGCAGGGGGGAACUGGGAGCAGCUGCCUCGGAGUCUCCAGGAGCCGGGGCUCGUCCAGUCCAGGAGGAUCACUGGAAGCAGCCUUGAGAUGGUGGUCCUCGAUCCUCAGCUGCCAGUUCUGGUUUCUGAUCCAGAGAUGGAGGCCAAGGCGAGUGAAUCACCAUGUGCGGAACUGGCACCUGUUGCUUUGGCCCUGCCUUGGCAUGAGACGGGAUCACCUCCAGCUGGAGAGCCUUCCCAGGAGGCAGAGUUCCUGUCUGAGCAGGUGCUGGACCAAGAGGAACAGGCUGAGACGGACAUAGAGGAGGAACCAGAAUCAGAACCAGAGCCCAAAUCCAGCCGCAAAGCAAUGAAUGCAGCAAUUGGAGCAGGUGUCGGAAUAGGAGCUGCAGUCAUUGUAGCCCCAGUAGCAAUCUGGGCAGCAGGCUUUACUGGAGCAGGCAUUGCAGCUGGGUCCAUAGCUGCCAAGAUGAUGUCAGCAGCUGCCAUAGCCAAUGGAGGAGGGGUAGCCGCUGGGAGUCUUGUGGCAACACUGCAAUCAGCGGGUGCUGUAGGACUCUCGCUAGGUGCUAAAGUUGGGCUGAGCACUGCACUGGGAUCUGUAGGUGCAGCUGUUGGUUCCUGGUUCUCUAAGGAUAACUGAAAGCUAUGCAAGCCCUGCCGGCAUCAGAAGUAAACACUGACCAGUCCUGAAAACCCUUAAGCUGCAAAGCAGGACCAAAGCAUCAAGCUAUGUGAUAUGGUGUGGCAAUUACUUCCUUGUUGCCUGGAAAAAGCUACUGCAAACGUGUCGCUUGUUCUGCCUUCUCUUUAACAGGUGUUGAGCUGCUCUGAUUAUGGUGGUGGGGUGUGUGUGAAAACAAUAAACCUGGUUUUAAAUGGACAAACUUGUUAGUUUGAAAUUGAUGUGGGGAGAGUCAAAGCCCUAGGGAGCGUCAGAGGUUCUUAUAAGCAUCUCCCUUGGAGUGGCUUUGGAGUGAAUUCUGUGUCCAAUCCUACCUGGGUAGCGGGUUGUUGUAUCAGCUGAUCCUCCCUGUAGCUUUUCCCUCAAGCACAGGUAGGGUGACCAGACAGCAAGUGUGAAAAAUCGGGACAGGAGUGAGGGGGUAAUAGGAGCCUAUGUAAGAAAAAGCCCCAAAUAUUGGGACUGUCCCUAUAAAAUCAGAACAUCUGGUCACCCUAAGCACACACAUGCCUGUCCCCUGUGGGGUUUUUGAGACACAAUAUGCUGAAUAGAGAAAUCUCACCUCAGAUGCACUGUCUGCUCCCGAGUGUGGAUGUUGCCAAUCCCAUCCGCCCAGGCUAAGUGACAACACACCCUCUAGCUAGCCCUACACCUCGCUCUCAGCCAGGCCUUCAGUCGCCCUCCUGGGUUUCUAUCAAUUUUACUCUCUUGCUGCAACUGAGCCAGCGAUUUAACCCUCCUUCUGAAAUGCUGAUAACUCUGUUCUUGUC